CCCUCCCUGGAGAUGUGGACGUGUUUGCAUACUGGAAACUGUCGGUAGAAACGCUUGGAGGAAGGGAGCGUCAUAAGGGAGCAGCGACAGGGGGAAUUUUUUUAAACGCUGUGAAAUAUAAUCCAUCGCAGCAGCAGCAGCAGAGCGUUUGAGAGGAGCUCGGAGACAAAGGAGCAGCAGACUUGAGCUCAGCAGAAUAAGAGGCUUUAGGAGACUCGUGCUCGGCUCAGCGCCACCGUUUUUUAUAGCCGCUUUCUGAUUUUUACAUGCACAGAAAAUAACUUUUGGAAACUCUGGUGCUUUAUAUUUUGUAUACCAAGUAUUCCUCCUGUGUCUUGGUCGACAAUCAUCUCAGCCGCUGCUGGAUCAAAGCCUUUAAACAGUUUCUUACCAAAUAUAGACACCGUUAAUGCUGGGGCGUCCUUGACGGAGCGGAGCGGUCCUAGCUGCCAAAGUUUAUAAUUAAAUUCUCAGACCAUUUGAGUCAGUGGUUUUUGUAAGGACACAGUUACCCUAAUUUGCAAAUCGGACACUCGAAUUACUUAAUUGCAUUGCUCGUUUUUUCCAUUGUGAAAGCAGCAUGUUGAUUUAAACGCGUUUUCGCCAAUCGGAAGCCAUUUUUGAGUCUGAGUUACUCCCCGUGCGCAGGAUUGCAGCGGUAGGCGUUUUUUUACGCGCACUUAUUUUCCCUGUAGUUCCCAAAUCUCCAACAAUGACUGCCUGUGCGUCUGGGCGCGGUGGAUGUGUCAUGGCUCGGCUUCUGUUGGUGCUCGGCUUGGCGGUGAGUUUGGCUGGAGCUGAAGCGGAGCAGACCAAGAAGACCGAGGGGAACCCACCUGCCGUCACCCUCCGGACUCUGAUCACCGGGACGUGCCAAGAGGUGCAGCGGUACGCCGAGUCCCUGCUGGGGAGCGGAGUGAUCCGCUCAGUGGCUGAGUUUUUUGAGAUGGUGAUCCGAUGCCUUGCUGAAGGAGCUGCCAGCGGCCUGAAUGUCAUCGCUGUGUAUGUCACAGAGAUCCUCAGGGUCACAGGAUUCGAUGCUGCAGUGACACUGCCCCGCUUCACUCCAGAGGGCGUGACUGCCAUCGCCCAGUGGGGUCUGUUGGCCCUCAUCGCAUACUGGGUGCUGACCAUCUUUCUGCGUCUGUUUCUCUGCGUGGCAAAGAGGGUCUUCUGGGUUGUGAGAACCGUUUUGGCACUCUGGCUUUUUGGACUCAUCGUGACUGACAAAACCGCCACAGCAGAGAUCACGGCGGUCAGAGUGGGCGGCCUGGUUCUGGUAUGUGUCCUGUUGACUCUACUCACUUCGGACUCUGAAAAGACUUCCACGGUGGAGCACCGGCUGAGCUCCCUGGAGGGCAGAGUGAAGGCCGUGGAGAAGAGGAAAGGGGAGUAGUGGCUGGAGAGGGUGGAGGGGAGAUGGACACAGGUGAUGGUAAUGUUGGAUAAGGAAACAGUAACACUGAUUGUUUCUGUGUGUGUCAAAUUAUUAUUGGGAAAUAAAGUUAUCUGAGGGAUUUUUAAUCAAAAGUUCUCUUUUUUU